GCAGCAGUGAGUCACGUGACAGAAGCAGACAUGGCGGCCUCCCGGAGAUGGCUGGUCUGUUUACGUUCCGGGAUCUGGAGCAUCUUAUUUUACUGUAUUUACUCUCAUUUAAAGGUGGUUCUGGCGGACGAUGUGGAAAGCUGCGAGAACUUAAGACUUGGACAGUAUCUCUGUAAACGUCCAAAGAUAGAUGAAGCCACUCAGGAGCCGGAGAACUGCAGGGACAUGACGGCCUUGGUGGAGUGCCUCCCAGCUGAGAACAUCAUCUGUCGACUCUCCAACGGGACGGAGUUCACGUUCAGCGGGAAGGAGGUGGGCUUCAACAAAACCAUCCCCUGCAGGAACGUGAGCGGUUAUUCCUACAAAGUAGCCGUGGCUUUAUCUCUGUUCCUCGGCUGGCUGGGAGCCGACCGCUUCUACCUGGGAUACCCUGCUCUAGGACUGUUGAAGUUCUGCACUGUUGGUUUCUGUGGAAUCGGCACUCUGAUCGACUUCAUAUUGAUCGCCAUGCAGAUCGUGGGUCCAGCUGACGGCUCCAACUACAUCGUGGAUUAUUACGGCGCCCGACUGACCCGUCUGUCCAUCACCAACCAGACGUUCAGGAAGCCUCACCUGCCUCAGUGAAGUGAUCAACGUCUCAUUAAAACACAAAGACGACCGUCGGAGCCGCUGAAGUUACAUCGUUGAUCAUCAGCUGCUUCCAUUUAUUCAGUUAAAACAUGUAUAAUAAAAUAUUUCACACCUUUCACAUUCCUGCUGAUCACUUUAUAAAUCAGGUUUUACACUGAUUUCAGCAGUUACGGUUUCAAUUUACUUUUAUCUAAAGCUGUUUUUGUUUCAGAGGAUUUUUUUGUUUUUGCAGAUGUUAAGAUGAAAUUAAUCCGACUAGUUCAGUCAGAUUAUUCACCAGUUUCCUGUGUCAGCUGUUUUUUGUUGUAUUUAAUGUCAUUUUAAUGUAAUAUAUUAUUAUGAUGUUUCACUGCUGCUGUGUCUUUUAAGUUAUGACGUUUUUUCCAUGAAAAA